GUGUUAGUACGAUUUGUACUAUUUGUAAAAAGAUAAUUAAAAUUUUUAAUAUUGGAUUCGAUGCUGCGGUGCACAGUGACACUUAAUUUUAAAAAAAACUUGACCAAAACCAAAAUUACGUUUGCUAGUAUUCGGCUUUUAAGUGUAAACGUAAAAAAAAACAGACUGCAUUCAAAGAUAUAUUUAUGCCCCAUGGCCAGCGAUGACCGAGGCGACGAGUAGAUAACAAAAAGCAAAAAAUUCGAGUUGGGAAUUAUUACUGGCAAAUAUUAAUACAGACUCCAGGGACACAUAGUACUCAAUUGCAGGUUGCUGCGACUGAAUGCGGCCGUUCGCGUAAAAGGGUUUUUAGCUAUAACUCAAAAACUAAGUGUGAUCGGUAAAAGCUGAAAACACUAUCGUCUUCAAUGUAAAAAAAAACACACAUUUUGAAAAAAAUCACUUGGUAGCUAAACCAGAUUUGUUCCUAAAAAUGAUUGGAAAUAGUUUUAUAACAUAUUAAUUAUUAAUAUAAAAUAUGUUUGCUAUAGUAUUAUUUAAUCAACGUUUUAUUUGUAAUUUCGAUCAAACUUUAAUCAAUGUUGAAUGUUAAUUGUAGUUUUAUAAUAAUAUGAAAUAUCAAAAUUUUACUAACGCGCCUUAUUUUGAAUUCUAAUUGAAAAAUGAUAACGAUAAGAACCUUGAUAAAAAAUGAUAAUGAUAUUAGCACCGCAAAAUCCAAUACUGUUACGGUUCACAUUAUCUUUCAUUCUUAUUAGAUUUCUUUAUAGUUCAUUUUCUACAAUUCACUAGAUUUUGGAUAUCGAAUCUCGUUUGAAGUAUCAGCAUUUCUGUUUCUGGUGUAGGUUUUCGACGUUUGAUUAAUUUACCAUUAACAUUGGUAAGUGCUUGGUAGGUACUCUCUUAUAAUAUUUAAAUAUUUUUUUUAAACGAUAAAACUAUGUAUAUUAUUUUGGCAAGCCUCAUGGUCGUAUCCCAGUAUUAAUCAUGCAAAUUAAAACUUAACUUAAGAUUUAGAACCUAGUGAUAAAUAUUUUUGUUGUAUAAAUAUCAUAAUGGACUUGCCUUCUCAAAUUAUUCACUCUGAUAAUGAGUCUGACCCUGAUGAAUUGAUUUUGGAUACUGAUAAUGAUUUCAUCAUUACCCAAGAAGAACAACCUGCAACCAUUAGCCAUAAAAUUGGUUCUGUAUGGAGAGACAUUGUAGUUGGUGAACAAAUAGAAGGUUGUCUAACCCGACUAGAAGUGACAACUAAAACCUCUAAUUAUACAGAUAUGGACGAUCCAAAUUAUAGGCCAACGGAAAAUGAAAGAAAACGAAAACUGUUUUUACGUAAUAAAUCUAAUCAAAAAGUUAAUACAACAUCAAUGGAAAAUUGUGAUUUAGAAUCUAACCAUGUAAUAAAAAAAAAAAGAUUAAAACAUAGUAAAGAUGAUAAUACAAAUUGUAGUUACAAAUAUAACAAUUCUAAAGGUUUUAUAGAUAAAAGAGAUAAUGGCGAUCCUAAACAAAAAUCUAGAAUAUUACCUAAAAUCAAAGAUUCUAUUGAUAAGACUAUUGACGAGUUUUCUGAUGAAUUAUGUACGAAUUUACAUGAAAAUAAUAAAAUAUUAAUGUUGUCUGUGAUAUCAAAAAUAGAUAAAAAAAUUAUUUUAGAAAAAUACAACAAGACUUGUUUGAUUGAAGUUAAUGGAGGCCAAAUGAUAAAGAAUGGUGGCCGAAGAAGAACAUCUGGAGGUAUAUUCUUUAAUUUAAUAAAAGAAGAUAAAUCUAUUCCAAAUUCAGCAAAAAAAGACCUGUUUGGAGGUUGUCAAAAUGAAGAGUUGAAAAGACAGAAAAAGAAAAAAAAAGAAAUAAAAAGACGAAUUAACAAACAAAAACUUCAAAAGUUCAUUGCCAAAAGUAAACUAGAAGAAAAUAACGAAAAGCCAGAAGAAACCUCCAAAUUGCAUUCUGAUUCCUUAGACGAUAGCUCUUAACACUAUUACAAAUUUUAUUUAAAAAUAAGUUAAGUAGUAAGUUUAAGCUUUAAUAUAACUAACAGUUUAUUUUCAUUUUUUCAGCUUAAUUGUUUUAAUACAAUUUAAGUUUUUCAUUUAUUUUGUUUAAAUAAGAACUUUAAGUCAAUAAAAUUAUUGUGAUAUUGUGAUCAUUUAUUGAAUAAGUAAAAUAUA